GAAGUGCGCGGGAAGCGACCCAAAAUAUUUCAGUUUAUGAGAGGGAAAGUCUUAUUUUGUCUCGUGUGAUUCUCCCUCUUCCUUUCAAUGGCGCCGAGAAAGCGAAAGACAGGGGGAGAGAAAAAGUCGGCGGAGACCGGUACUACGGUCGGCAGAGUGACUCGGAGCGGGACGGCAGGUAGGUUGACCUCCCUCGCCAAGUUGGAUGAGUUGCCUCGGCAAGAUGUGAGGAAGACGAAGAAAGCGAAGACGAGGGAGAAGGAGAAUGCUAAACCGGAGGAUUCUGAGAAUGAGAACAAGGAAGAACCGGUGCAGAAUGAGAAGACGGAGGAAGAGAGAGGAACGGAGUAUACUGAUGAUGCUAUUGCCAAGAGGACAAUAAUUAUUGAACACUGCAAGCAGUGCACAUCAUUCAAGAAAAGGGCUGAUAUGGUGAAAGCUGGUUUGGAGGAACGUGUUCCUGGUAUCAAUGUCAUUGUCAACUCUGAGAAGCAGCCAAGGAAGGGAUGCUUUGAAGUACGGGAGGAGGGUGGGGAGACAUUCAUCAGUCUUCUGGACAUGAAAAGACCAUUCAAGCCAAUGAAGGACCUUGACAUGGCUCAAGUAAUCUCAGAUAUAAUUGACAAGAUGGAAUGAUUGUGCAGGUGUAUUCUCAGUUACUGAAAGGGGCAACUAAUUGUUUUUUUGGAUGUUGUUUGUGAGCUUAGACGAUGAGCCAAUUCAUACAAGGAGGGACUAACUGUGGUUUUUGUUACUGCUUGAAGUGAAAUUAACCAGUUAAGUUGGAUGCAUCUGCUAUCAAAUUGGAAAUCUUUUGCACAGCAUAUCUUUUUGUCGUCAAUUAUGUUGGUUCUUCUUUGUGCUCCAGUUUUUUUGGAUAUCGAAAUGGAUCUGUGUUUUGCUUUUAUUAUUUUAUUGUAUUAAUUGAGCAGGUCGAUGCAUUUGUCCAUGAUACUGAUGGAUUUGUGUGUGCAAGACUGUUUGUUCCUAUGAAAAUUAAAUCGAAAAGAGAAGAGUUCUGGGCUUAGGCCCAUCAA